AGUGAACUGCCAGUCAUCGUGAUUGUCAGCAUUUGUCAAUUGGUUCAAUAAGGAAAUCUAAAUAGUAAUUUUGUAUUGUGAAAAGUAUAAUUUUCAAGUAAAAUACCUAAAUAUGAGUGUACGUGUUAUUAAUGAUGAUGCUCAUUUUCAAACUGAGCUUAGUUCAGCCGGAAUACGUCUUGUGGUCGUAGAUUUUACUGCCAGUUGGUGUGGACCAUGUCAACGUAUAGCGCCCCAUUUCGAGAUUCUUCCAACCAAAUAUCCAAAAGCAAUUUUUCUCAAAGUGGACGUUGAUAAAUGUCAAGACACUGCAGCGAGCCAAGGAGUUUCAGCUAUGCCCACAUUUAUCUUUUACCGCAAUAGGACGAAAAUUGAUCGCGUCCAAGGUGCAGAUAUAACGGUAUUAGAAAAUAAAAUUCAAGAGCACAUCGGUUCUAGUGGUGGAGAUGAAGCUGGUGAAGACUAUGGUCAAGGACUUAUGGAGUUAAAUACAUUCAUUUCAAAGCAAGAAUGUGAAUGUUUGAAUGAGGCCGAUGACCAUUGCAUGAAUCAUUGCCUUACAUCGAAUGGUGGUUAUCUUCAAUCGGAUUGUGAUGAGCAAUUAAUAUUGUCAGUAACAUUUAAUCAGCUUGUAAAAAUCCACUCAUUGAAGUUCAAAGCACCACCACACUUGGGACCAAAAGAAAUUAAGCUUUUUAUAAACCAACCAAGGACAAUCGAUUUUGACAUGGCCGAGUCUAUGACCAGCGUGCAAGAUUUAACAUUGGAUCCCAAAGAGCUUGAAAAUGGCCAGCCAAUCAAUCUUCGUUACGUGAAAUUUCAAAACGUUCAAAAUUUACAGAUUUACGUUCGUAAUAAUCAAUCAGGGGGAGAAGUUACACAAAUAGAUUACAUUGGAUUCAUAGGAUCGCCCAUUAUGACAACAAAAAUGACCGAUUUCAAACGUGUGGCUGGAAAAAAAGGAGAAAGUCAUUAAAACAAAUCAUUGCAAUGAUCGAAAUCAAAUUUGUUGUGAAUUAUAUUAAGAGAAUUUAAAAUAUCUUUAAUUGCAAAUAUAAUUCCGACUACAUAUACAGAA